GAGGAAGCCACUCCUUUUUCAGCAAGUCACAUUCAACAUCAUAAGCACAGCAUCACAGAGCAGCUAUUUUACAUCAGUGUCUGCAGCUGAGAUGGCCGAGCGGGGACAAAGAGAACGGAAGAAAAAAGAAAGGGCAAUUAAAUUCUUGAAGGCAGAUCAUUUUGUUCAUAAUGCUGUCCAGAUCGUCAACAAAGCAGCAGCGCUUAAUAGUGAAAGUGGUGGAAGGUACAGUGAUCUUUUGGAUAAGAUGCUUCACAGUAUCUUCUUCUUAGGGAACAUUCAUUGUGCAUGGUUUGACCCAGAGGAGAUCUUUAAUGACAGUGAAAUACUGGAGCUGUUCAGAGGGCCGUUUGAAAACUACACAACAGAAGUUCCUGUACGGACACCCUUCUCCUACUUCCUUGAAUUGGUUGUGAACACCUCUGAAAAUGAGCAGAAAGUGAAGAAUGUACUGUCUGAAACGUUACAGCAGUGUAAAGGUUCAGACAAUCAAUAUAAGUUGAUUUCAUCAGUCAUAUGUAUCUGUGAGGAAUCUGGGAGACGCUAUUAUGGCGGGUCUCUGUCCUGUUCAGGUGACGUAGAGAGAGAGAUCAUGACUGCUGUGUCCUGCUUUCAUGUUUGGGAUAACUAUGUUACUUCUGCUGUUCUGAGUGUGUUUCCUGAGGACAGAACUGAACCAGUUUCCAUGACACUGCCCAGGACAGUAGAGAGUAGGGCGUAUGCCAUAGAGAAGCUCAGUGAGGUGAAGGCUCCUUGUCUGCGAUGCCAUGAGCUGUUCUCUCUGCCCAAUCACUCAAAGAGUAAGAAUAAGCCUGGAAAUUGUGCUGAAACUGAGGCUAUAAGUAACCUUCUUACAAAUGAGGCAGUGGUCAAGAACGGUACCAGAAUGAAUGGACCUGUUCUUGAAGAAGAAUACAUUCAGGAAAGAAUGAGUCAGCACUUUAGGAGAAAAAUGAUGAUAGGAAAUCGGGGCAAUUACGAUAUCCGUAUAAUCUAUGAAUGGCAGCAAGGUCAAGAUGCAGUAUCAGCAGAAACGUUUUUCUGAAAAGUGAAAAAACUGUUUAAACAAGCUGCCUACAAAUAAUCCUCCAGCUUCUCUUAAUGAAAGUGAGACAUAUUAGUGCGUGCAUGUACAAAACAAUGUGACGUAGCUAACACAAUUAAAACCAGUGUUCUUUUAUAUUCUCAUUUGUUUUAUUUCCUUGAAAAAAUGUUUAUUAGUCAGUUUUAAACUAUUUUUUUACUGUGAAACUGAAUGAAAAUAUAGCAAAAAUAUUUCAAAAAAACUAUACACAUGCAAUGUCCCUGAUAUUCAUAAAAAAUCCAAGAUCAAAAAUUAAAAAGUAUUAAUAAGUAUUAUAAACAUGCAGAUUAAGUUCAUUUUUACUGAGUUUCAAAACUGGAACACACUGGAAAUGUGAACACACUCACAUUUCCCUGUUGGUUUGUGAGCAAUUUAAGCUGUGCUUCUUAUUCCUUAUUUAGUUGAAACCUCAUGCUAUACAAACAAACCUAUACCAACACUAUGCAUACGUUUAUUCUACACCAACCAACCUAUAACCUAUACCAACACAAUGCUUAUGUUUAAUAGUGCUAUGUGGAAAGUAUAACUUGGUGUAAUAAAAAAUGCAAUGAA